UCUCCUCUCCUCUCAUCCUCCCUUCCCUCUCACACUUCUUCACUUGACUUCAGUCUUCACACACACACAGCAGCAGCAGCAGAGCACCGCCACUGCGCAACGUGCUCGACUUCUUUCCCCUUUUGUUUUGUUUGUUUGCUUGGAUUGAUUCUCCUCCAUUUUUGUCGGCAUCGCCACGAAGAUCUAGCUCCUUAUCUCAGCACGCCCCAUCCCCCACUGGCCCACUUGCUUCUAUUCUACUUUCCCAAGCCUCAACUAUGAACCGGAGCAGGACGCAGAGUCCCGUCUACGCCCGCCAAUGGGGCUCCGACUCCGGUGCCGGCGUUUCUCCCGUAAUGUCGCCGUCCCGUAUCCCUCACCACGCCCGCUCCUCCUCUGCUUCCUCCGGCCUCUCCACCAUCAAGCGCAACCAGAACUUCGCCGCCAAAGCCGCCGCCCAGCGCCUCGCCCAGGUCAUGGCUUCCCAGACUGCCGACGACGAUGACGACGACCCAGACGACCUCGAUUUCCGUUACAGCGCUCCCCCUCCCCUCUCUAUUUCCCGCACUUCUGCUGCUUCCAAUCUUACUGCUCACCCUGCUCCCAGGAUCGCCAGAUCCCCUUCCCCUGCUAUUCCCCGCAACAUUGCAGAGGAAACUCCCUCAGUUCGCUCCACGUCGGCUGGAAGGUCGGCGACGUCACUGCGAGCAGCAGCACCGCCGGUUCCGCCCAGUAAAGAGUCAUUGAGAACGGCGGUCUCCUUACCUCCACCUCUGGAGCCGCCUAAAAAUGGCUUUAGGGACAGAAAGAGAUUUUCAUCUGAUGAAGUGCUUUUCAACUCAAAAGAUUCCGGUGACCAGCGAGAGUCGUCUGCACUCCGUGAUGAACUCGAUAUGCUACAAGAAGAGAAUGAAAGCAUGGUUGAGAAGCUGCGAUUUGAGGAGGAGAGAUGCCAAGAAGCGGAGGACAGAGUCAGGGAGCUCGAGAAGCAGGUUGCUGCUCUUGGAGAGGGAGUAUCUUUGGAAGCGAAACUGAUGAGCAGGAAGGAAGCUGCUUUGCGUCAAAGAGAGGCUGCUCUUAAGGAUGCAAAGCAGAAUGCAGUGGAUAAGGAAAUUGCGACCGUUAGGACUGAAAUUCAAACUGCAAAAGAUGAGGCGUCAGUUGUACUCAGACAACUGCAUGGAGCUGAAUCUGAAGUAAAAGCCCUUCGUUCAAUGACACAAAGAGUGGUUUUGACUCAGAAAGAAAUGGAAGAAGUUGUUCUUAAGCGGUGUUGGCUUGCUCGUUACUGGGGCUUAGCUGCAAAAUAUGGUAUCUGUGCGGAUGUUGCUGUGCCGAAGCAUGAAUACUGGUCCUCUUUAGCACCUCUUCCAUUUGAAAUUGUUCUUUCUGCUGGACAAAAAGCCAAGGAGGAAUGCUGGGACAAAGGUGGUGAUUAUGGUGAGAAGGAGAAGAGAAGCAAACUAGCUCCAGACCUGAGCGACCUAACUGGUGAAGGAAAUAUCGAGAGCAUGCUGUCCGUGGAAAUGGGAUUGAAAGAGCUUGCUUCCUUGAAGGUUGAGGAAGCUAUAGUGCUUGCGUUGGCACAGCAACGGCGUGCGAAUUCUGUUCGCCAAUCAAUCACAGAGCUCAAAUCACCCGGUGACCCAAAAUACAUGGAGGCAUUUGAACUUAGUCCUGAAGAGUCUGAAGAUGUCCUUUUCAAGGAGGCUUGGCUGACGUACUUCUGGGGGAGAGCUAAAGCAAACGGAGUGGAGGAGGAGAUUGCAAAAGAGCGGCUUCAGUCCUGGAUCAACCGGAGCAGGCACUCACCGAGUUCAUACGAUGCUGUCGAUGUGGAGCAAGGUCUGAUGGAGCUGAGGAAGUUGGGGUUGGAGUAUCGGCUAUGGGAAGCAUCGCGAAGAGAGAUAGAGGAUCUUGACAACUCUUCACGGAGAUAGCCAAAGCAAGGCCAAAGGAAAGAAGCUAUAGUGUGUCUAUAAAAGUUCGUUGUUUCUAUUCCUUCUUGUUUCGGCUGAAGAUAGUAGCUAUCAGCCUAUCAGUGUGUAUUACAAUUGACGGUAAGUAGUAUUUUAAUCCACGUCGAAGAUAUAGUGAUCAGUAACUAGUAUUUUAAUCAUGCACAACCCUUCAUUCCCGUUUCCAGCUGAUCACAUUCAUGAAUCAUAAUGGUCUUGGCUCUAUGCCUUGGGUUAAAUUUGGAUCACUGGACACUUUUAUUAGCCAUGUCAGCAAAAAUCUGACAUCAAACAUUGACGAAAGAUAAUGCAGAGUGACUAAACUUAAAUUGUUUAG